AUGGCGGCACUCAUUGCGGUCGCAAAUGUGACUUCACGACCAAACAUUGGCGCCCUAGUCGUCGCCCUCUUCCUUACAACAGCGGCGAUCGCGUACGCGCGCACAGGCACGAUCCAACAAUCCCUCGAGUCCCUCCCCACAAACACCUCCCUGGUCAUUGCUCUCUUCUCCUUCAUCGGCGGCGCCCUCGACUCCAUACGCACAAAGUCCCCCGCGCCAAUCAUACUGGGUCACAUCUUUAGCGCCGUCUAUGCCGUUAGCUUUGCGCGCCUGAGCGCGGGCCAGCCCUCUGGUGCUGAGAUUGGACUGAUUGGGUCCUUCGCUUUAGCGGUGAUUCCGAUGGUAUCGAAUGCCGACUGGAAUUUGAUUCCUAAGGAAUUGGGAUAUGUUGGGGGGUAUGGAGUCACUGUGUUUGCCAACGCUUACGGGGGCUUUGGGUUGGCUAUGACGUUACUUUUCUCAUUAGUCUUGUUGGCCUUUAGGGAUGACAUUAGGCAAAUACAGAGUCGAGUAGAUGGCUAG